GAAAUAUCACCUCACGUAUUUUAUCUUUCACGCGUUGGCAGUCCUGAUCGACGCCAAUAUGGCGCUUAUUGCUUGCGGUAAGCCUUCCCUCAUGUUAUAUACAGCUGCAAAAAUGCAGUCGAUAUUACGCCGCCCUUCUUCUGCUAUGCGGAAGAUUUUAAGAUAUUCAACACAGAUUCAGCCAGAUGUAGAUGUAGAAAAGACACAUUUGCCAUCUGAGAAAGGCGCUGUAAUACCACAGCUAGAUAUCUUGCAACACCCAGAUUUCUUCAAGGUUCAUGAACUGUUCACCGUCCGUGACCUGUUCGAUGCGCGAGUGCAUCUGGGCCAUCAUGAAGGAUCUUUGGAUGAAAGAAUGAAACCAUUCAUCUUUGGAUCCCGCCUUGGUCACCUAAUUUUUGAUCUGGACAUCACGGCAUACCACUUGCGGCAGGCACUCAAUUUCACAGCCCACAUAGCUGCCAGAGAUGGCAUCAUUCUCUUCAUAGCUCGCAGUUCUCAGAACACGCAUCUCAUUGAAUGCACAGCACUUGAAUGUCAGGAGUUUGCACACACCAGGUAUUGGAGUGGGGGUAUAUUUACUAAUUCAGAGAUGCAAUUUGGUGCUGUUACUCGGUUACCUGAUCUGUGUAUAUUCUUGAACACACUCAACACAAUCCUCACGCAACACAUCGCAGUGAGAGAUGCUGCGAAGAUGUGCAUCCCAUCUGUCGGCAUUGUCGAUACAAACUGUAACCCCAAUCUAGUCACAUAUCCAGUGCCAGGAAAUGAUGAUACUCCGUGUGCAAUGGAACUGUACUGCAGACUGUUCAAGGAAGCCAUACGGAGAGGCAAAGAAUACAGGACGUUGAAUCAGGUGGAGGAUUCAAAAUGAGUCAGCAUCAGUUAAAAAAAUCUUUAUGUAAAAAAAAUUGAACAAUAAAAUUGUAGUUUCUUGAG